UCACACACACACACACACGCAUUUCACAAAAAAAAAGAAAAACAGGCGAAAAACGCCCAAUAAAUUCGUGUCGGCAGAAGAAGUGCGGCAGCAGAAAGUGCAUCUCCAAACUCCAACCGAAACGGGCACCAGCGAGAGCCAAGCAAAGCACUACACUGCAACCGGACGGACGGAGCCACAGCGACAUUCCAGCCGAGCUGCGACCGUGCACCCCAAGAAGAGGAGGCCAAUUUACGUUUAUUAAUUAUGAAUUUUCUGGGCUUUGGCCAGUCAGCCGAGAUAGAGAUUGUCUUCGAUGGCGCCGAACACAAGACUGCCGAGGUCAAGGGUGAGGACGGCAAGGUGGAGAAAAUGUUGCUCUUCUACGACGGCGAAACAGUGUCCGGCAAGGUUAACGUGACGCUGAAGAAGCCAGGCAGCAAGCUGGAGCAUCAGGGCAUCAAGAUCGAGUUCAUCGGACAGAUUGAGCUGUUCUACGACCGGGGCACCCAUCACGAGUUCAAGUGCCUGGCCAAGGCACUGGCGCGUCCCGGUGAUCUCAUCCAAAAUAACAGCUACCCGUUCGACUUUCCUAACGUGGAGAAGCAGUUUGAGGUGUAUGCCGGGUCCAAUGUAAGGCUGCGCUACUUCUUGCGGGCGACCAUCGUGCGUCGAAUCAGCGACAUCACCCGUGAGGUUGACAUCGCCGUUCACACGCUUUCCAGCUACCCGGAGAUGAACAACCCCAUAAAAAUGGAGGUGGGCAUCGAGGACUGUCUACACAUUGAGUUCGAGUACAACAAGAGCAAGUACCACUUGCGAGACACAAUCAUCGGCAAGAUCUACUUCCUGCUCGUUCGCAUCAAGAUCAAGCAUAUGGAGAUAGCGAUCAUCAAACGCGAGUCUACCGGGACCGGCCCGAACAUGUUCAACGAAAACGAAACCAUCGCCAAGUACGAAAUCAUGGAUGGGGCGCCGGUCAAGGGUGAGAGCAUACCCAUCCGGGUCUUUCUCGCCGGCUACAAUCUCACGCCUACCAUGCGCGACAUUAACAAGAAGUUCUCCGUCAAGUAUUUUCUAAACCUGGUGCUGAUGGACACUGAGGAUCGUCGCUACUUUAAGCAGCAGGAGAUCACCCUGUGGCGCAAGGCGGACAUUCCCCGCUACCACGUCGCCCAACAUCAGCAGCAGCAACACCAGCAGCAUCAGCACGUACCGCUGCAUGCGCCGCCACAUCUGGUGAGUGGUCCGGCGGCACCAACAGUCGCCCCCUCACUCAUCAGCACCAGUACGGACAGCGGCGAGGGUGCGGCCAUAGGCGGAUCCGGCAGUGGCCUUGGUGUGGGUGUCGGGGUGGCCAGCACCGAAUCGAGAAUGGGUCUUUUCACCAGGGAGAGCCCCAACCAGGAGUUUAGCCAGCAGCAGCUCGACUCUCCACUGCCCAACUCACCGCCGUUGACGCCGUUGAACGAGAGCCCGGCCGAAAGGGAGCUCCGAAGGGAGCCAACGUCAACGCCUACUCCGGCAGCUGUAUCUGAUCCAAUUUCAGUUUCGGUAGCGGUUUCAGCUUCAGCGACAUCAGCGCCAGGGCCAGAACGAGGGAUGGGCGAUGGCGCCGCAGCGGCCACCACAAGUGCCUCGCCCAUUGCCAUGCUGUCCAGCUCGCCGCCGCCACUCCCCUUGCAGCUUCCCCGUUCGGAUGGAAGUACGGGAACAGCGCCGCAGGCUGCCGCAGAAGAUGAGCUGGAUCAGGAUGCCGUAGCCACUAACGAUGCCAGGGUCACGUCUCCGGCGGCUGCGAAAAAGGUUAGCGCUACGCUUCUGGCCGCCGAUUGAGAAAUAUGCGUGGAUGGAUUGCCACGCACUGGAUCGGAUCGGGCUGGGAGUCGGGAUCGGAGUCGUACUCAGCUUGUAGUGGAAUGGAGGAGCAGGCGGAACUGUUUACGUAUAUAAUUGUAUACAACAGUAGUAGAUCACUGACAGCGGCAGCGGCAACAACAGCAACAAAAUAAGCAUACAUCUAUUUUUUUAAAGUUAAUUUAAAAUUGUUACAAAAUGUUUUAUCGAGGUUAUGCGCAUCAUUUACCAAAUCAACAAAAAUAAUCAAACGAGAAGCGAAGCAUAGGAAAAGGAGACCCAGACAAAAGCGUAGAAAGAAUGAAAUGAAGCCUCGUAGCUGCAUACAUAUGUAUAUCCAUUCUAUAUCGACGUUAGACAUAAAUUCUAUUCGUAUUAUUGCUAAAAUUAUGAUGUGGAGGAGAGAUCAGCGCUUGUUGACAGACAGAUUCCCAGACCUCCAUAGCACCCAUCCAAUACGCCAUCCACACCCCUUCCUGUUCAUGGAUCCCAAUAACUCUGAUCAUUCCCCCACAGUUCCCACAGCGUUAUAAGCGCUUGUAAAAUCUUUUUUUUUUUAAUUUUUUCAAUUUGAGACAUGAAAGUGCUUUCUAAAAGUGAAAAUCCUUGAAAUUGUGCAUUAAAGUAAAUCAAAGAGACGAACUCUAAUACAAAUAUCAACAACA